AUCUAGCCAUGUAACGCAGCGGUGGUGCGCAUGCGCGCGUCUUUUAGCUGUCGCUCUCUGCCUCUUACACGCUCCCCCUCCCAUCUUCCAUCCCAGUCCGCCUAUAGGUUCGGCGCGAAGGUAAAAGGGGGAAAAUAGGAGGCUUUUAUAAACAUCCACAUUGCUCUCGCUGCCCGUUUCGCUCCUUUCAGUCUUUUUGAGUUUUUUUUUUUCCAGCAGCGCGCCCAAAAUGCCAAGCAAGAGGAAGAAGAACAAGCGUCGCAUGAGGAGGGUGCAAGCCCAGAGGAGAGCACUUGAGGAUCAGCAUGCAGCCAAUCCACCAAUCAAAGCCAGCUCAGGGAUUGCCAUUAGUGCGCCCCCUACAGCAACGCCCAAAAAAGCAGCUAAAAUUUCACCACCCACUCGAGAAAAGCCCCCACAGGCCAUUCCCAUCUCCGCCCCUGCAGUGGAGCCUCCAAAAUUUGAACCACAGCCUGUUGUGAAAGAAGAAGCAGCAGAGGCCUUCGUAGUUGAGGUAGCUGCAGCAGAUGAUGGUGUGCUGUUGGAGCAGGCUACUGUGGAGGUGGAAUCCAGAGUGGGGGAUGAAGUCGAAGGUCCAGCACGGGUCGCCAAAGAAGCACCAGCUGAAAGUAGUGCCCCAGCGGAGCCCUCUACGGUUGAAGCCGAUCUGGCGAAAGAGGCCGAGGUUCCUGUUUCUGAAGCAGAGCCCGUCUCUGAGGUUACAACCCCAGAUGAGGCUCCAGUGGUGGCUGCUGUAGAAGCUGAAACAGAAGACAAUGAAGACACACAGACAGAGAUGGGUCAGACACAGGAUGUCUGCGAGGCAGAAUCUCAGAAAGAUGUGACCCUGGCAGAAGAAGACACUGAGACCAAGGAGGAACUAGAAGUGUCCAUUGCUGAAGAGGUAACCGUAUCAGAGUCGGUAAAGGAACAAGCUGAAGAACCAGUGGCAGAAGAUCUCACCAGUGACCAAAGUCCUGCUGAAGUAGAACUUGCUGCAGAAAAAACCGAAUCUGACGCUGGAUCAGAGGUGGAGGUUGUCAUAGAAACAGUGGAGCCUGCAGAGCCACCUGAGGAUGGGGAGGAAAAACUGGAAGACUCAGCUGCACUCAGUGUCCAGCCUGUUGCUGCCAUAGAGGAUGCUGCUAGCCCUCCUGUGGAAAUCCCAGCAGUGCUAAAUACAAUCACUGAAGCUCCUCUGGAUGAAGCUGAGCCUCCUGUUGUUAAGCAUGCAGAGGGAACUGCUGAACUGCUGCUCCAACAAUUACCUGCCACUGAAUCUGUGUCAACAGCGAAGGAUGUUUCGACGUCUCCUGUUGUGCAGCAGGAAGCAGAGGAAACAGGAGACGCUUUUACCAUCCAGUCAGAAUCAACGGAUGCUGCUCCUGCAGAUCCUGAAACAGUUUCUGCUGCUCCUGCAGGGGAGAUUGCUGCUGCCAACCAAAAGUGUCUGGGUGUGCUGUCAGAAGAAGCGAAAUCCGGAGGCUGUGAUGUUCCAUGUCAGGGGCCGCUUCCUGUUGAGGCUGUGCCGCUCGGUGGAGUGGAGCUUCCAGUGGAAAUAACACAGAAUGGAAACAUUGUUCCUGAGGUCUCCAUUGAGGGUUGAAGCCAAGCCACACCGCUCAGAAGACCUUUUUUCUGUGUAUUCCCAUUGGAGGACUCAAAGCUUUCCAGGGAGUCCACCAGACCUUUUCAUUUUUUAAGGCUUAAGGCAGAACAGGCAGGAAAUCGAAG